AUGGCCCACCUAGACUUGCACCGGCCGCCCGCCCUUGCACCGCCUCCCCGCGCCGCCUGCCCCCCGCCCCUGCCCCGACAGCUCGCCCCCGCCCCGCCUCCACGCUGCCUCGCUGCGCUGCCCGUCCCCGCCGCCUCGCCGCGCCGCUCGUCCCCGCCCUUGCACCGCCUCGCCCCGCCCCCUGCGCCGCCUCACCACGCCGCCCGGUCACCCCGGCAGCUCCCCACCCCGUCCCGGUCGCCGCACGCCCCUGCCUCGCCGCCCGGUCGCACCACCCCCGCCCCGCCGCUCGACCCCACCCCCCAGCAACCCGGCACGACCUGUCGUGCCGCAACCGUGCCCGGACCGACCCGGCACGGUACUGUGCUUCACGAGCUGUGCUGUGGGGCCGAGGGCGCGGCACGCAGGCCGGCACAGCACGGCCCGUUACAGUAUCCAGGCAUAUCGGGUCGUGCCGAGCCGGACCCGUACUGGGCCAACACGAUUGGCUCAUUUGACCAUCUCUGCAAAGCAAAGGGGCAAAUAAUGCAUCAACAGUUUGUGUCAAGAAUCUCAAGAUGA